GUGGCGCCUAAAACCCUACUUCAGCCGUCCUCUGUUUCCUUUUCGCUGCGGCUCUUCGAAGUCCGAACGCAGCUACCUAUUCUUCCCUUCUUCACUCUCUAGAAAUCUCUGAACCGACUCUAAUUCGACAAAGCAAUUCCUCAAUCACUUGCUUUCUCGCUGUUUUUAUCUGAUUUCCCGUACUUUUCGGGUUCAUUCUGUUGUGUUUGCAGGGAAGGAUAUCAAAAUCUACCAUUUGAGUUUUCUGAACCAUCAAUCGAGGAGGAAAAGAAAAACCUAGGGUAGAAAAUGGUGCAGUACAACUUCAAGAAGAUUACCGUGGUGCCUAAUGGAAAGGAUUUUAUUGAUAUUAUUCUCUCUCGUACCCAGAGACAAACGCCCACAGUUGUCCACAAGGGUUAUGCCAUAUCUCGUUUGCGACAGUUUUAUAUGAGGAAAGUAAAAUAUACGCAGACGAACUUCCAUGAAAAGCUCUCUACCAUCAUCGAUGAAUUCCCUCGGCUGGAUGAUAUUCAUCCUUUUUAUGGCGAUCUCCUACACGUUCUGUACAAUAAAGAUCAUUAUAAGCUUGCUCUUGGUCAGAUUAACACUGCAAGGAACCUCAUAAGUAAGAUUGCUAAGGACUAUGUGAAAUUGUUAAAAUAUGGGGAUUCACUCUACCGUUGCAAGUGUCUGAAGGUUGCUGCUCUUGGAAGGAUGUGUACUGUGAUAAAGAGAAUUGGGCCUAGUUUGGCUUACUUAGAGCAGAUUAGACAGCACAUGGCAAGACUUCCAUCAAUUGACCCGAAUACCAGAACAAUUUUGAUUUGUGGGUACCCUAAUGUUGGUAAGAGCUCAUUUAUUAACAAGAUUACUAGAGCUGACGUUGACGUUCAACCCUAUGCUUUUACAACAAAGUCGCUCUUCGUGGGUCACACUGACUAUAAGUAUUUGAGGUACCAAGUGAUUGACACACCAGGAAUUUUGGAUCGGCCAUUUGAAGACCGUAACAUUAUUGAGAUGUGUAGUAUUACUGCUUUGGCUCAUUUGAGAGCUGCUGUUCUAUUUUUCCUUGACAUAUCGGGGUCCUGUGGUUAUACAAUUGCUCAGCAGGCAGCUCUCUUUCACAGUAUAAAGUCUCUGUUUAUGAACAAACCAUUGAUUAUAGUCUGCAACAAAACUGAUUUGCAGCCACUGGAUGGUAUAUCAGAGGAAGACAAGAAGUUGGUCCAGGAAAUGAAGGCUGAAGCUAUGAAAACUGUGAUGGGUGAAGGAGAUGAUUCUGCAAGUGAAGGGGGGGUGUUGCUUACUAUGAGCACUUUGACAGAGGAAGGUGUCAUUUCUGUCAAGAAUGCUGCCUGCGAGAGGUUGUUAAAUCAGAGGGUAGAAUUGAAGAUGAAAUCCAAAAGGAUAAAUGAUUGCUUGAAUCGGUUUCAUGUAGCAAUGCCAAAGCCUCGGGACCAGAAAGAAAGACCACCUUGCAUACCGGAGGCAGUGUUGGAAGCUAGGGCUAAAGAAGCUGCAGAAAAGCAAGUUAAGAAAACUGAGAAGGAUUUGGAAGAUGAGAAUGGUGGUGCUGGUGUCUAUUCUGCAAGUUUGAAGAAGAAUUAUAUAUUAGCCAAUGAUGAAUGGAAAGAAGACAUCAUACCUGAAAUUCUAGAUGGGCACAAUGUUUCUGACUUCAUUGAUCCUGAUAUUUUAUUUAGACUUGAAGAGUUGGAAAGGGAAGAAGGGCACAGACAAGUAGAGGAACCGGAGGACGAUUUUGAGAUGGAUGGUGCUGAAUUGACUCCUGAGGAAAAAGAAGCUUUGGCUGAGAUCAGGAGAAAGAAAAGUGUGCUUAUUCAACAGCAUAGGAUCAAAAAGAGCACUGCAGAAAGCCGACCCACUGUACCAAGGAAAUUUGAUAAAGAUCGGAAAUACACAACAGGGAGAAUGGGGAGACAGCUAUCAGUUUUGGGUCUGGAUCCAAGUUUGGCAAUUAACCGUGCACGUAGUAAGUCACGAGGGCGUAAGAGGGAGAGAUCUCCUGACAGGGGAGAUACCAACGGCUCUUCUGCCAUGGAUGUGGAUGAAGAAACACCAAAUAAGAAGCUGCGUAUGAGGUCCAGAUCCUUGUCAAGAUCUAGGUCUAUGUCUCGGCCACCAAGUGAGGUUGUCCCUGGCGAUGGUUUCAAGGACUCAGUCCAAAAGGUGAAGGCAUUAAAGAUCGCCAAGAAAUCAGUGAAGAAGAGGAAUAAGAACGCUCGUCGUGGUGAGGCAGAUAGAGUAAUCCCAACAUUGAAACCAAAACACUUAUAUUCAGGAAAGCGUUCUACUGGCAAAACAGACAGGCGUUGAUACGUUUGGGUAAUUCUUAUGCUUUGUGUUUCUUUACUUUGGUUUGCAUUUUGUUAGAAUCCGAAGACUCUGAAUAUUGGUCUAUUUACGCUUUGGAGCUUGAAUUGCUCUUUAUUCUGCAUUUUCUUUCACUAGUUUAGCAUUGUUUUUAAACGUUUAAAAUUAAUGAUUUACAGUGCAAUCGAAUUUUGUAGUGUUGGAUUUUAUUUAUGGAGAAUUGGGGGGAUUAUGAAGAAGGAUGAACAAGAUCUUAACGAGUACCAA